GCGACCCAAUAUUCUCCACAUCCACCAGCGCCUCAAGCUCCUCAAACCCACCAAACUCUGGGUUUUUCCCAAACCAGAUCUGGCAUUUCAGCAGCCUCGCACCAGAUUCUGGGUAUGUUGUCCUAGGUCGAGAGAGUGAGAUUGAGUUGAGAAAUCCAACUCGUAAACGAUCAAGGAGGAAUUUGGAAAGGGAAGAGAAGUCGAAAGAGAUUGAGAAGGAGAAGCAAUGUUGGGGAAGAGUGAAGAGGAAGGGGAGAAUAAGGAAGAAGAAGAGUUUGUGUUUCUGACCUCCUCUUGGAUGCAAAACAAAUGAACACUAGUGUCUCUAUAUAUAUAGGAUGGAAUGUUGGGUUGUGUAAAACUAUGGUGUUUAGAGGAUCAAUGAAAUUCUAAAUGAUUUAGAAAAGGGAAUGAGAAUCGGCAAGGGAGCUGCAAAGUCCAAGAAGAAAAGGUUGUGGCCAAUCUAAGAGACUACUUUGGGUAGUGAAAGUGAAGGACGAGGCAAAAGCAGAAGUGGACAUGAAGAAAGCUCCAAAACAAAGUUGAAAGUAGUACUUGGAAGGAUAUGUUUGGAGGCAUGAUAGAUUAGAGGAUGCUUUGGCUUUUUGCCCCCAAAAGCCCCCUUUGUAGCUUUUGGAGAAGAUGGGUGCCUUUUUCUUUUCACUUGGUUUUGCGGGAGGGUAAAAGACAGAGGUUAGAAUAUUGGGAGAAAGAAUCUUUCUUAGGUCCUCAUUAUCGUUUGAUUGAACAAUAAUGUAUGACAAAGACAGGGAUACAAACAUUCUUGUCUUAGAAUGUGUUUUGUCUUGAAGAUUCUCUUGCGUUUGCUAUUUUUCUGUGUGGCUAAGCAUCUUAGGAUCAGAUUUGAGUUAAUUGUGCUAGCCGUCUUUCUCUGAGCCUAUAAGCAUAAUGGCUGAACUCGUCCUUAACUUCGUCACCCCAAUCAUAGAGAAUGCAGUUUCUAAAGCAAUUUCACUUGCUGCUGCACAAAUCAGCAUGGCAUGGGGUCUGGAGAAGGAGCUGAGGGAGCUCACUCAAACACUAACUAUGAUCCAAGGAUUGCUUCAAGAUGCUGAAGGGAGGCAAGAAAACAAUCCAGCCAUAUGGAAUUGGUUACAGCAGCUCAGAGAUGUAGCUUAUGAUGCAGUGGAUGUACUGGAUGAGUACGGUUAUGAGGUUCUUAAGCACAAAGUUCAGACUCAACGCCGAAAGAGGAAACAGGCGCACACCUUCUUUGCUCUUUUCAAUUGCAUUGCCUUUCGUCUUAGCAUGGCUGAUAAGAUUAGGAAGAUUAAUAGGACUCUGGUUAAAAUCAACAACCAUGGGGUUUCAGAUUUGCUGAUCAAAUUUAGUGACCAAAGUCAUUCCACUGCUAGUGCAAGGCCAUAUCCUAGGACAGAUUCCAUCCUUGAUUGUUUAAAAUUUGUAGGAAGGGAUAAUGAUGUCUUAGAAAUUGUCAACAAGCUGGAGAACAUAAGGAGUCAACAUCUCCUCUCUGGCAUUUCAAUAGUAGGCUUGGGGGCCAUAGGCAAGACAACAUUAGCAAAAUCAAUAUGCAGUAUGGUAAAAGAACAAAAGUUGUAUGAUCUGGUGGCUUGGGUUUGUGUGUCCGAGGAAUUUGAUGAGAAAACAAUAUUGGGAGAUAUGUUAGAAUACCUUGAUGGCUUUGCUGGUCAAAUGAAUAAUAUAGACGCACUUAUUCAGAAGCUUGGGCAGAAGUUAGAAAAUAGAACAUUUCUUUUAGUUCUUGAUGAUAUGUGGAAUGAUGAUAGAGACAAGUGGGAUAGUUUUAAAUCUCGUUUGUUAAAAAUUUUAAAAACCAGUGGAAACUCCAUGCUUGUGACUACUCGUAGUGAUACGGUAGCAUCCAUAAUGGAGGCACUUCCAAUGCAAAAACAUGAUAUGGUAAAGCUAUCAGAUCAUGAAUGUUGGUUGAUAAUUGAGGGCAUAGUUCUCAGAUCAUCAACAGAAACUUCAAUACCUUUGGAUUUAGAAGGUAUUGGACAAGAAAUUGCCAAAAAAUGUGGGGGGUUGCCAUUAGUUGCAAGUGUAAUUGGAGGAGCACUGAGUCAUGAAAUGAAGACAGAUAAGUGGCAAGAGAUCCUAGAUGAUGAAGCAUGGAUUUUGCAAGAUGAAAAUAAGAAGAUUUUAUCUAUAUUGAAAAUUAGUUUCGAUCGUUUUCCUUCAUCCUUAAAAACGUGCUUCUCUUAUUGUUCAAUUUUUCCAAAGGAUGCUGUCAUUUUCAAAGAUGAUUUAAUUCAACUUUGGAUGGCUCAAGGGUUUCUUCACAAUUCUAAUGGAAGCCUUGUGGAAAUGGAGGAUAUUGGUAAUGAGUAUUUCAAUGAGUUGUUAUCUAAUUCUUUACUUCAAGAUAUUAAAUGGGAUCUUUAUGGGAAUAUUGAAUCUUGCAAAAUGCAUGAUGUAGUGCAUGAUCUUGCAUUGCUUGUGUCAAAAGGUGAGACCUUGGUUUGGAACACUAGUUGCAAUUUUGAUGUUCAGAAUUGUAGUACUAUUCGACAUUUGAGAGUCCAGUCCAAUGGAAAGGAUCAUCCAACCAUUCCAAGAAGUGUUGCUCAAAGGUUGCAUUCUUUGUUUUCAGAUGUUGAUGUUUUUUGUAGCAUGGCAUCAGAUCUCAAAAGCUUGCGAUCCAUGAAAUUAAUGGCAGAUCAGAAUAAGAAGUUGCCGACUUCUCUCGGCAAAUUGAAACAUUUGAAGUACCUUGAUAUCUCAAGAGCUUAUGUAACAGUAGCACCAAAAACCUUCUCUAAGCUCUAUAAUUUGCAAACUUCAAAAUUUCUCGAUUGUGGUCCCAAUGGCAUAGCAAAUCUCAUCAGCUGGAGGCAUAUCUAUUCUAUUCAUCCACAUGAUAUAUCUAUCAUGCAGUUAACCUCCCUUCGAACAUUAUCACACUUUGUUGUCGGCACAAAAAGGGGAUUCCAGAUUGAAGACCUUGGAUGCUUAAGCCAACUUGAAGGAAAACUAGGGAUUUUGAAGCUUGAACAUGUAAGAUCCAAAUUAGAAGCCUCUAAAGCAAACCUGAAAGAAAAGACAAAAUUGCAUCAAUUGACAUUACAUUGGAGUAGUGACGAUGAAAGAGCAGUCAACAACAACAAUGAUGAAGAGGUUCUAAAAGGCCUUCAACCUCAUUCAACUUUGAAAAGCCUCACUAUUAAUGGUUAUAAAGGAAAGAUGUUCCCAUCUUGGAUGGGGAAUGAUAUCAAUAGUUCUGGUCCUUCAUUCCUUCUUUACAACAUGGUGGAGUUGCAGUUAAUUAAUUGUGAUGAGUGCACGUGUAUUCCGAGUUUGGGACUAUUGCCUAGUCUCAAGGUUCUUUGCAUUGAAAGAAUGGAAAAUGUUAGAGGAAUGGGUCACAAGCUUCAGCUCGGUGGAGCAGAAUCAAUCAGAUUGUUCCCAGCUUUGAAAACACUCGCCGUAUGUGACAUGGAAAGGCUAGAGGAAUGGGUUGAAGUUGUAGAGGAUGCAGCUGCAGGGAGCCAAGGUGUGAUCGUGUUUCCUUGCCUUGAGAGGUUGCUGAUUUCUGAAUGUCCUUUGUUGAAGACUUGGUCGAUGGGUGGAUUUUCGUCUCAUCACAAGCUCUCCGAGCUGCUAAUAGAACACUGUUCGAGUCCGACGGCUAUCCCUAGUUUAGAUGGCCUCUCAGCUCUUGAGAAAUUAGAGUUAUUCUCCUGUGAUGGAUUAACAAGUCUACCAAUCGGGCUUGGAUCCUGCAUCUCUCUUCAGUUGUUGGAAAUUAACGGAUGCCAAAAUCUGAACUCCAUUACAAGUAUAAAUGGGCUCACAUCUCUUGAAAGACUCAACCUUAUUUGUUGCGAUGGAUUAACGUGUCUUCCAAUUGGGCUAGACUCUUGCAUUUCUCUUCAGUUGUUGACAAUUUUCCAAUGCCAAAAUCUGAACUCCAUUCCAAGUAUGAAUGGGCUCACAUAUCUUGAAAGACUCUACCUUACUUCUUGUGAUGGAUUAACGUGUCUUCCAAUUGGGUUAGACUCUUGCAUUUCUCUUCAGCAGUUGGCAAUUAGAAGUUGCCCUAAUUUGAUUUCCAUUCCAGAAGAUAUCGGGAAAUUGCAUUCUCUCAAUGUUCUUAGAAUCAUAGAAUGCGAAAAUCUAAGGAGCAUUUCAGGGGAGUGGCUAGCUAGCCUCACUUGCUUGAAGGGGUUACACCUUGGUCCUUUCUGGUCGGAGUUGGAGGAUUUUCCUGGACUAACUUCCAUUCAUAAACUCCACGCCUCCCUUGAAAAAUUGGAAUUGUAUGGAUGGGAUACACUAGAGUCUCUGCCACAUCAGCUUCAACAUCUCACUGCCCUCAAGGAAUUGACGUUAUUGAAGUUCAAUGGCCUGGAAGCUUUGCCAGAGUGGUUGGGAGACCUCUCUUCUCUUCACAGGUUGGUAAUUUGGAGUUGUCCUAAUUUGACUCAUCUGCCUUCUAUUGAAGCCACGCGACGCCUCUCCAACUUACAAUAUCUUGGCAUUCGACAUUGUCCCAAAUUGAAGAAAAGUUGCGCCAAAAAGAGGAGCCCUGAAUGGUCCAAGAUCUCCCACAUUCCCAAUAUUAGAAUCCAUUACAAGAACGUGCAGGGCGAAUGCAAAUUUUCCAUGGGGAGUGAUUCUAAAUAUUUAUGAAUCUGCUCAGGCCUCAGAGUUCAUCCAAAGCUAGCAAUCUACUUUUCCUGUUCUGAAACCAAAAAAAUUUAUCAUGAUGACUGGAGGGUGAUUUUCACAAUGGGGACCCAACCAGAUGAGUGGUCCUCUCUGAGUGUCUAAACCAGAGUUUCUCUAGGUUAGAGAUUAUGGUGUUUUUGAAUUUGCUACUUUGCUGACUGUUAAUGAUCGAAUCUGGAGUCUGGACUCCUUACAACUUUGUGAACUACAUUCUGAGAAAAUCUUUUCCCUUUGACAAGAGCACUGCAGCUUCACUAGUAUAAAUGAUGGUGGUAGUCCUUUCAGUUUUUCUUGGAAUUUAAAGAUCUUGGUGCCAUAGUUUAUGUGUACACACAUUUUGCAGUAGUGAGGAUUCCAUUGAAUUUUACUUGGAAUUAACCAAAGGAUCGACUCUUCCACCAUUUCUCAGGCACUUGUGCUUUUAUGGUAGAAUAUCUCUUUCAAUUUCCAACAAAUGAAGAAGAUGGUAUGGCUUUUCAAACCUUUUCUUUGAAUCUAAAACAUAUUAUACCUGGUUUUGAAUAAACUCUUUCUAUAGCUUAGAGUUUGAUGAUGUAAUAAUGGACACGCAAUCAACAAAUGAAGUGAAGAGAAACUGACAAUGAGAUCCCUGUGCACCAAGUGAUUGUUGGUAAAGUGGUCUCAAUAGCAUCAAUUUGGUUAUGAUAGAACUCUAACUUUGGAUUUAUCAAACAAUGGCUUGAUCAGAGAAGUGCAAAAUUUCUGUCUCAGCUAGUCUUAUUGAAGAAAAUGUUAAAUCAAAGUUUAGCUUGUUAGCAAUUCUAUUUCAGUGGGAGCUUCUGAUAUAUUCGUUGUCUUCAUACUCUGCUAAUAUCUAGGAGGAAAUGGGGAAUGCAAUGAAAACAGAAUGAGGGGAGCUGGAAUUCAGUAUAUUUCAGUGUUCAUCAAAGCUGAAAAACAUUUUCGAGGAUGCAUGUAGCAGUUUCAUUUUGAUUCAUGUCUUGAAACAGAUUCAACAAGAUUAUAUGCUUCACUUUCCAAAAUGCGAGGAGCAGUUGGAGAUAGAGAAUGUGAACAAGAAAAAAAAAAAAUGCCAAAAGAAAAGUGCCUCUGUUCUUUGUCUUGGAAAAGCUGUGGUGGAAAUUCACUGAGGCCCAUAGGGUGUCUUCAAGCAUAUGUGUUUCAUUAUCCGAACCUGUACCUAUUUCAUUCUCAUUUGUUCUCAAUUUUCUUCUUGUAUAAUUUGUUUUCUCUCUUUCUUUGUG